AUGGAGAGACUGCGACGACUUGAAGGUACCAUAAAUCGCAUGCAGAAACAUAUCAGCCCUGAGCUGGCCCAGCGGCUAGCUUCUGAUGAGUCUCCUCCCCACAGUCCAACUUGGGAUGACACAGACUCUACGUCGCAGUCUGAUCCGAUCCCGUCUGUCGACGAUAUUAACAGUUUGGGUAAUGACCUCGGGAGAUUGGCUCUGGAAAAUGGGAGGAGUAGAUACAUUAUUGGUAGCUCUUGGGCUAGCCUAGACGAUGAGGUCCAAGACCUCAAGAGCCUCUUACAGAGCCCAUCCGAGAAAGCAGAACAAUGGUACCCAGACAUGGUACCAGACAAUUGUACGAGCACCCAUGCUCGCAUGCUAGGUUUUGGUUCUCCGUUCCAGAACCUCUCGCAGAUGCACCCAUCCCCAGAGAAGAUACCAACUUACUGGGGGCUCUUCAAGCAGAACUGUGAUAUACUCAUCAAGGUUCUGCACGUACCAACAGUGGAGCCACUCAUUCUUCGGGCGUCACAUCAACUUGGUCACAUACCCAGAGGACUCGAAGCUUUAAUGAUGGCCGUUUACUAUGCUGUUGUCGUAAGUCUGUCGCCCAGCGAAUGCCUGCAACUCCUGGGAAGCGACAAAGCGACUCUUACCCACGUGUUCCGGUUGGGUACCGACCAAGCCUUGGUCCAGGCAGGGCUUCUUGAAACCGACGAGGUCAUUACCUUGCAAGCCCUUGCCAUUUAUCUAACCGGACUGAGGAUCCAUGGCAGUGCGCGUGCCAUGUCAACUCUGACGUCGCUCUUGGUGCGGCUUGCGACUAAUGCCGGCAUUCACCGUGAUGGAACUCACUUCAAAAUGCCUCCGUUCAUGGUGGAAAUGCGAAGGAGACUCUGGUGGAGCAUAUGCGUCCUCGAUUCCCGGGCAUCUGAGGACACUGGGUACGACACCAUGAUUCCUUUCGGAAAGGUUGAUACCCAGUUACCGCUCAAUGUCAACGAUUCAGACCUUUACGCAAGUAUGAAACAUCUUCCACAGCCUCGGGUCGGCCUUACAGAAAUGACUUUCAGUGUCGUUCGGUUUGAGUCAGUACAGGUUUUCCAAAAUCUACAGGACAUAUCAUCGGGUUCCAUAGGCAAGAGUGAAAGGCCGUCUGCAACACAGUGUCUCAAGGAUAAGACAGAUGCGAUAUACGGUAUCGAGAAGCGACUCCAUGAGCUGUACCUGAAGCAUCUGGAUCUCUCGAAUCCACUUGCCUGGUUCACAUCAACUAUCUGCGCCAUAGUGUUCACCAAAAUGCGGCUUGUUGCGUAUCAUCCCUACCUAAAAAGAGAUCAUUCUGCCGGCUUCUCCUCCAGUACAAAAGAUCGUCUAUUUGCCGAUUCAACCGCAGUCAUCGAAAACUGGGUGCUUUUGAACCAAGAGGAAAGCACCCGUCGUUGGAGAUGGCUUUGUGAGACGUAUUUCCAGUGGUACGCUUUGACCUUCCUGCUCUUAGAACUAUGUGAGCGGACCUCCGGUGAAUCAGUAGACAGAGCAUGGGAUGCAGUCGAUAGCGUCCUUCGGCUUGGUCACCAGAUUCAUUCUUCUUCGGCUUCUUCUUGCCAGGGAGACGUUGACAGCUGUCCACUGACAGACUUGGAUGUACACAGCUGUGGCCUCUACAAGCCCCUCGGUAGACUACUAAAGAGGGCUCGCUCAGCAAGAGCCUAUCACCACGGGCAUUCUGAGUCUCAGAAUGAAGAGGAUAAUAAUGAAAGCACAAAAAUAUCGGCACACUAUCCACUUUCUAGGUUUGCUCCGGAUGUUGAUGCAUUUGGAGUUGUGAAUUGGGAGUCUAUUGAUCUCGACGACGCAACCAAUCCGAACAUUUCUGCCAUGGCGUGGCCCGAUUGCAAUUCAGAAACUUACUACAGCUGGGUCUUAGGGGAGCCUCCACACCCUGUGUCUCAAUUUGGGAAUGAUGGAGGGUUAUGGGUUGACUCAGUGUAUUCAAGGACUGGCGAUACCAACUAG